GCCAAACACGACCUAGAAUUGUGUCUGAAGAAAAACCUGAGCAAGAAAAACGUAAUUCGUUUUCGCUUCUGUUUUGUCUUCAUCUUCCUCAUUCUUCUCUCUUCACCAACUCUAGAAUUCUCACUCCACUCACACCCCUCAAUCUCUCUCUCUCGCUCUCUCUCUCCACAAAAUGGCGGAGGAAGCCCACCUAAUACAUCCACCGGAAGCGGCACAGCCGCCGCCGGCCACGGCUGAGGAAACCCAAACACCACCUCCGCAGCAGUCGGAGCCCAUUCCCGAACCGCCGCUAGCAUCACUCUCACUAGACGAAGCACCACCCCCCGCCGCCGCCGCCACCGUCGAAGAACACCCGAAAGAAUCCCCAGUAACCAUCGUCGAAAGAGACUCUCCUCUCCCGCCGCCGCCGCCGGAGUCCCCCACCGCCACCGCCACGGUCACCCUCACCACCACCCAGCCGCUAGCCGCCGCGCUGUCGGUGCCCCAAGAAUCUGAAGAAGUCACAGAAACAGAGACGAAAACGAAACCGCCGCCGCAAUCGCUCGGCUCCUUCAAAGAGGAGAGCAACCGAAUCUCAGAUCUCUCGCAGUCCGAACUCAAAUCCCUCCACGAAUUCAAGAACCAAAUCGCCGCCGCCGAAUUCGGCGACGAGGCCUCCAUAUGGGGCGUGCCGCUGCUGAAGGACGACCGCAGCGACGUCGUUUUGCUGAAAUUCCUCCGCGCCCGCGACUUCAAAGUGAAGGAAUCCCUCUCCAUGCUAAAAAACACCCUAAAAUGGAGAAAGGAUUUUGGGGUGGACGAGCUGCUCAAGGAGGAUUUGGGCGACGAUCUUGAAAAAGUGGUGUUUAUGCACGGCUGCGACAAAGAAGGCCACCCCGUUUGCUACAAUGUGUAUGGAGAGUUUCAGAAUAAGGAAUUGUAUGCUAAGACGUUUGGAGAUGAGGAGAAGAGGCAGAGGUUCUUGAGGUGGAGGAUUCAGUUCUUAGAGAGGAGUAUCAGGAAGCUGGAUUUCAAUCCGGGGGGGAUUAAUACGAUAUUUCAAAUUAGCGAUUUGAAGAACUCACCCGGGCCGGGGAAGAAGGAGCUUCGGAUUGCUACAAAACAGGCUCUGCUCAUCCUGCAGGAUAACUAUCCUGAAUUCGUGACCAAGCAGGUGUUCAUCAACGUUCCAUGGUGGUAUCUGGCUUUCUACACGAUGAUGAGUCCGUUCUUGACUCAGCGAACCAAAAGCAAAUUUGUCUUUGCCAGCCCAUCAAAAACCCCUGAAACGCUUUUCAAGUACAUAACACCGGAGCAAGUGCCAACUCAAUAUGGUGGCCUUAGUGUAGAUUUCUGCGAGUGCAACCCCGAGUUUACUGUGGAAGAUCCGGCCACAGAGAUCACUAUCAAACCUGCAACAAAGCAGAUCGUUGAGAUCAUCGUGAACGAGAAAUGCACUUUGUGUUGGGAGCUCCGUGUGGUCGGGUGGGAAGUGAGAUACGGUGCAGAAUACGUGCCAAAUGAUGAACGGGGUUACACGGUGAUCGUGCACAAGACUAGGAAGAUGCUCCCAACGGAUGAGCCUGUUGUGUUGGGAAGUUUCAACGUGACCGAACUAGGGAAGAUAUUCCUCACCGUUGACAACACUACCACGAAGAAGAAGAAGCUCGUCUACCGGUUCAAGGUUCUCUGAGGUAAGAGAUGUCUUGUUUCUUAUGAUUUUCUUUGAAGAAACAUGUUUUAGGUUAAGCUCAAAUUGGUGUGUUUUCUCAGUCAUAGAUAUGAUGCCUCGUACGAUGUGUUUUGUUAUGUAUUUCUCAUUGUUAAUGAUAUGUUUGUACUAAGCAAAGAAAUAUUGUCAUAGCUUUGAUUAUCAAAGCUUUCUUUUCA